AUGUCCACUUCUGUUCCAUACGACCCAUACAUCCCCAACCAGACGACGGGUGAACAGUCCAACUCCAGGACUGCCGCCAUCCAAGCACAAAUCGAUGACACCGUUGGUAUUAUGAGAGACAACAUAAACAAGGUCGCAGAGAGGGGUGAGCGUUUGGACUCCAUUGAAAACAAGACAGACAACCUUGCCAUCAGUGCCCAAGGCUUCCGCCGUGGCGCUAACCGGGUAAGAAAAGACAUGUGGUGGAAAGACAUGAAGAUGCGUUUGUGUAUUAUCUUGGGAGUCAUUAUUGUGUUGAUUGUGAUCAUCGUGCCUAUCGCCGUGCACUUUUCCUAG